UACAUGGUCAGCCUUGACUCUAUGGAUAUACUCAUUCCUUUUCUUCUAUAAUGUCAUCUGUUCCCACCAAGGAGUCCCCAGCCCCAGAUGUCGGGUGAAGAGGUGAUGAAACUUCUGCUCUCUGAUGGAAAGGUUGCGGGUGAUGAAGAGGAAGAGCAGCUGAAGGAACAGCUCUGGUAAAUAGGUACAGGUCCUUGCCUUUUGGAAAAUGCAUUUACCACACUCCUUGGCAAGUCCCUCAGAGAGAACAGAACGUGUUUGCUUCCAGAGAUGAACACGUCCUCUCAACUGUAUGUUUCUGAACUAAACCUGAGUGCCUUUGGCAGCAACUUUACUGUGCCUACCGUCAAGAGCAAGUCAUCACCAUGUGAGCAAGUGGUCAUUGCAGCUGAGGUGUUCCUCACUCUGGGCAUUGUAAGCCUCCUUGAAAAUAUCUUAGUGAUAUGUGCAAUAGUUAAGAACAAGAACUUGCAUUCACCCAUGUAUUUUUUUGUUUGCAGUUUAGCAGUGGCUGACAUGUUGGUUAGUGUGUCUAAUGCAUGGGAGACCAUAACAAUAUACUUAAUAAACAAUAGGCAUAUUAUUAUGGAAGAUACCUUUGUCCGUCAUAUAGACAAUGUCUUUGAUUCAAUGAUCUGCAUAUCUGUAGUGGCUUCCAUGUGCAGUUUGCUGGCUAUAGCAAUAGACAGAUAUAUCACCAUCUUCUAUGCCCUGCGUUACCACAACAUCAUGACAGUGAAAAGAUCAGGGCUUAUCAUUGCAUGCAUCUGGACCUUUUGCACAGGCUGUGGCAUUAUCUUCAUUCUUUAUUAUGAAUCAACUUAUGUUAUAAUUUGUCUCAUCACUAUGUUUUUUACCAUGUUGUUCCUCAUGGUCUCACUGUAUAUCCAUAUGUUCCUCCUGGCUCGUACUCAUGUGAAGAAAAUAGCUGCUUUGCCUGGGUACAACUCUGUCCAUCAAAGAACCAGUAUGAAGGGAGCCAUCACUCUGACUAUGCUUCUUGGCAUCUUCAUCGUUUGCUGGGCUCCAUUCUUCCUCCAUCUCAUCCUGAUGAUCUCCUGCCCUCAAAACCUCUACUGUGUUUGCUUCAUGUCUCACUUCAACAUGUACCUCAUUCUCAUUAUGUGCAACUCAGUGAUUGAUCCCUUGAUCUAUGCCUUUCGUAGCCAGGAAAUGAGGAAGACCUUCAAAGAGAUAAUUUGUUGCUAUAGCCUGAGAAUGGCCUGUAGAUUAUCAAACAAAUAUUAGCAAAACAAAACAAAACCAGGGAAGAGAAUUGAAAUGCAACGUCUUGCUGCACCUUGUUGUUCUGCUAAAAGGCCUAUGGAAUAUCUUCUUCUAUUCAGCUGUCAUGAUUUCUGUGGCAAUCAGUAUUAUUAUUAUUAUUAUUUUUUAAAUGUGAUUUGACCUUUCUUGCCCUCCAUGCACCUCUCACACUGGUGGUAAGAGCUACUCUGUGCAUCUACAUCAAGGGGAGAAAGAAUGUUUUGAACCUCAUUUACCCUGCUGAAGACUCUGGAUCUUGUAAGAGGAUUGCACAGGGAAAGCCUUAUUUUUCUUUCUACCAAAUGUGACAAGUGUGACCUGCCAUGUAAAUGAGCCCAUCAGCUUCUCAGUGUGUGUUUCUCUCAAUAUUCUUUGUCUCUCUAUAUACAGCAUGACUUAUUCUGAUGACCAGAAUUAACACUUUUUUUAUUUUUUGGGGGGGGCUAUUUUCUUCCACAGUCAUAAAAGCAGAGAAGUAGUUCCAAUUAUCAAGGUUCACAUACCUCACUCAACACAGUUAUGAUCAAUAAAUAUGCAUGUAUCA